AUGGAUAUUUGGUAUAAGUCUCCAGUCAUCUACCAAGAACUUGUGGCGAGUCAAGUGGUUAUAGAACCUUUAAGUUAUGAGGCAACUUUUGUUCUUGCAGGAGUUCCGUCUAUUGAUUUCGAAACUGAAGAUAAGAAUGGCAGCAAAACGAACAGCAAGGUUGGCCUUGCAUUUGUUCUUUUUGAAGGCCAUUCUGAGGUUUGUUAUUUUAAACACCGUAUACGGAACGAAUCCACAGUUUUCAAGCAGAACCUCUGUGUAUUUGUCUUGCCGUCAUAUGGAUCAAGGAUAAUGGAACAGCAUCCUCAAGGGUGGUUGACAGAUGGCGCUAGUUGUCCUACAGCGGUUCUACGAGUAAAUAGCGUGAGUACGCAGACACUUAAGAGCGACAGUAAUGGCACGACGUCUAGAAAAAUGGGAGACGUAAUUCGAUUCUUAUGGGCCAAGAAUGUGGCCGCAUCCGAAAUUCACAGACAAAUCGUUGAGGUAUACGGGGACAAAGCAAUGAGUAGACAACAGGUAGCGAAAUGGUGUCGUUCUUAUCAAGCGGGCAGGGAGCAUGUGGAAAACCGCAAUAUGGAAGAGAGCGGCCGUCCAAGUUCUUCAAGGACGGAUAUCAACACGACACGUGCUGAAGAAAUCGUCCAAAGCAGCCGGGAGACUGCUUUUAUUUAUGCCAUCACGAGUGCGGGUGCGACGCAUGCUGUGACGCAAGCCUGCAGCGCGGGCAACCUUACCGACUGCUCGUGCGACACGUCUCGGCAGGGGCAGAGCACCCCCGAAGGUUGGAAGUGGGGCGGAUGCUCGGACAACGUACGCUACGGAAUGAUGUUUGCACGCCAGUUCGUUGAUGCUCCGGAGAGGGCGGAGAGGAAGCGUGACGUCAGAGCCAUGAUGAACUUGCACAACAACAAUGCUGGAAGACUUGCUAUCGCAAGACAGAUGGAACAGAAAUGCCGCUGCCAUGGAGUAUCUGGUUCUUGCGAGUUGAAAACAUGCUGGAAUAAAUUACCCAGUUUUGAGCAAGUUGGGCACUUCUUGAAGACCAAGUACGAUAACAGCAUCCAAGUGUCCGCCAAGGCUAAACGGAGGUUACGGAGACGAGGAAAAGUGAAGCGCAAAGUACCGGUACAAAAGGAGGACUUAGUCCAUAUACAUAGGUCGCCGAACUUCUGCGUGGAGGAUCCUAAAAGGGGAAUCCUAGGAACUGGUGGGCGGCGAUGCAAUAGGACUGCUUCUGGUCCCCAGUCGUGUACUCUUCUUUGUUGUGGCAGGGGAUAUAAUACUCAGGUGAUUGAGAAGCUUGAACGCUGUCAAUGCAAGUUUCAUUGGUGUUGCAUCGUGAGGUGCAAGACAUGUGAAAUCAAGGAAGAAAUAUACACAUGCAAGUGAUGGCUACUUCCCUCUCACUCUCUAAAGAGACUGAGAGAUUAAGAAUUUAACCAUCAAGAAAUGAACCUUCGAAACUCAGUUAUUGCAUUUCUGCAUUAACCGGUAGAUGUGGAUGAGUUCGGAUAAUCCUACGGUUGUUUAUGGCACCCUUUCUAAAGCAGGAAGUCUCGACAAAUCAGCAGGACCGGAUUUUCUCUAUCAUUUGUAUGCGCUAUUCUUUUAAAAUGGGUCGCCUGGCAUAAUAUGCUCCAGAGAAAAAAAAAAAAAAAAAAAACUGUUAGAAAAGCGAUUGAGCACUUGGAACUUUAAGUAUCUUGAGUAAAGAAAGGACCGCAAAAUGUAUCACCAGUUUCUUGAGUAUUACGAAAUCAGAAAAACGUACAUUUCAUUUUGUAAUCUAAUGUUUCUAAGGGACACAAAUAAUUACUGAAUGUCGCUCUGGAAUAACUGAAUCACUGUUAUAUGUUGUUCAAUGUAACAAUGCGAUUAGAAGCUGUUUUUAAAUGAUAAAAUAUCGAACUUGUAUUUGCAUUUAUGAAUUCAUGGAUAAAAAAACAAUGUAUUAAUCUGUGUGAAUUUGGAGAUGCUUUAGUUUAUUGAAUUUACUUGCAUUUUGGUUAGUUUGUUUUGGGAAAACAACAUCUCUGUCUCAUUAGUGCAUCUGACGGAACGAAAGAGGCAUAAACGUUAAGUUUAUAUACACCUGAAAAUGAACAUUAUGUGAAGUGAAAGCGUUUAGAGGACUGGUGUACGAAACACUGUAAAUUUCCAUUGUUUUAUGUCAAAAUCAGCACCUUUGUGGUGAUGUAGCUAAUCAUUUCUACAUAUUCAUUUUUAUGUCAUUGACUUUCAGGUAUUUACCUUUUAUUAUGUCUUGUUUUUUAAGCAGUCAGCAUUUUGAAUAUACUUGUUUUGAUUUGACAAUGCACUGAUAUGCAUAUUUACAAACAAAAUUUCUUCACUGCAGUCGUUACAAUUAAUUUUUUAUUUAAAUUUAAUCAGCAGUUUUUUUCUUUAAAAUACUGCUUUCGAAAUAACUUGGGCUUUGAACUUAUUUCUGAUAUUAUACUAACUGAGAAAAAGUAUUAUUAAGUGGGUAUACCUAUCUUUCUGUGAUUAAAGUAACAUAGUAUUAUUUAUAACAGCCCAGGGUAUUCCUUUGGGCUCCAGUUUUCAUGUAAUUCCAUCAAACGGUAGAUUUAAAAAAAAGUAAGUUUCCAGAAUUGAGAUACAUCAAGAGAAAUGUAAGAAAAAUUAUUAAAUAAGUAUUUAUUACAUUUGCCGCAUAGAACUUAUUCAGCAUGGAUGCUAAGAUAUCAGAGGAGACUCUUAAAUAAGUACUACGACUCAUUAUAAAUUUAAAAUUAACUGUAACAAUAACUUUUAAGAGUUAUCCGAAAUUAAAAAUACACAUAAACAAGAUGACCACAAAUUUCAUUCCGAUUUCAGCAUUUUUAUUACACUCAAAUGAUUAAAACGACGGGAAAAAAUGCAUGAACCAAAUUCUUAAAAGUUUUGCUCCGUUAUUGAAAUUCAGGCUCAGGAAAGCGCGUACGGUAUGCGAGCCAGAAGAAACUCAGCAUUCCAAAAUCAGUUGUCUGGAAAAAAUUUAACGCUUCGAAGUGUGUUGGAUACAACGCUUGCAAAAACUGAAAUUCGCAAGCAGUCUGAAGCAUAAUGAUUUCUGUUUUCAAUUUGUGGAAAGUUAGAUAAUGAUAAGAUGUUUAUGGACAAGUUAGUGUUCGAUGAUAAGACGGCAUUCCUUCAGCCGGUCUUGUGAACCACCAUAAUGUAAAGAAUUUAACUGAUUACUGCUCGAAAAUAUUUUGCAGUAGAAUAAAUUUAAAGUAAAAUCAAAGUCAUAUUAAGAAUCAACUGUUCUGAAAGGCAUUGCCUGUUAUUAACAGUGUUCAUAGCAUUAGCGUAAGUAGUAUACCCCACUAUAGUAGGCGGAAGUGACGUCAGAGAAAAGGGGCGUGUCCUCCUCCAUAUUGGAUCACGUGACGACCGUUCGCCAUUCUGGAUCACGUGAUCCAACAUGGCGGAAACCACGCCCCUUUUCUCUGACGUCACUUCUGCCUACUAUAGUGGGGGUAUACUACUAGCGUAUUCAGUUGUGAUUCAAAUCUGAGAACAUGAAAAUCUUCAUUAAUACCUUUCUCCAAAAAUAUUUAAUAGUUACGCUCUUUUAUAAGUUCCCUGUACAUCGUAACUAUUAACUCUGCAAUUAAAGCUCUAACUUUCGAAAAUAAUUGUUAUCAAUAUAAAAUAGAAAAUAUCCUUCAAAAUACAAAUAAGUAUAUUUGUAUUUUGUGUAAUUUGUCAUCAUAUUUGUGUUAUGGCUAAUUUUGGAAAGUUUGAGUUUUCUUUGUCAUUUUCAUUGUUGACGUAUUUAAGAAAGAGCCAGGACGUAAUUUUUGUCUUUUAUUAUUAUAAAAAAAUGUACGGAUUUCAUUCUUCAUUUUAUUUACUUAAAUAGCAUUACUAUUUCACUACUUUCUUAUAACCUUCCGGGCACAGUUCUGUAGCUUAUAUGCUUUAGAUAAAGCUAAAAAAUCUUAAAUAAGAAGAUUAUUAAUUUUUUUUUUCUAAAACGAUAAUUCUGAUGUUUGCUUGUAACUCAUCAUGUACUUAAUGAUAAUUCACAUCUUUUUAAAUUCAGUUCAUCAAUGAGGUAAUUAAUGUAAAUUAAUAUAAAAUAAUAAUAUUUUAUUCCGCACCAUUCUAGUGAAACUGCAGUCAGACUUGUAGAAAGCUACAGAAAUCUUUAUAUAGGCAAAAAGUAUAUGAUCAGAAUGCAAAUUUUUAAUAAAAAUAAAAUCACUGUAAUUGUUGACUUUGUGCUGUUUUAUAACGAUAAGUCGUUGUUAUAAUUUUCUUGUAAUCUGUAUUCAUUUUCAAAACAGCUUUUCUUACAUUAGUCUUGACUAAUGUAAGAAAAACCAGAAAUCAUGAUAUUAGUCAAUGAUCUUUGACUAAUUGAUAUUAGUCAAUGAUCUUUGACUAAUAUAAAAGUAAAAAAAAAACUGUGACGUUGAUAAAUAUUGUAUUAAUUUUAUGUUUUCUAUUUUAGUUCUAAAUUCUAGUUAAUUAUUGAAAUGCACCUUGCCGAAAGUAUUUAGGAAAAAAAUGUGUUAUUUAUUUAUUAUAUUUUAUUGGCAUAGAUAAGAUCAGUGUCGAUGAACAAAUAAACGCUAAAACUUGAGGUUUGUGUGCUGUAUUUUAUUGAUCAUGCGUCGUUCCAUAAAUUAGUAUAUUACUGAUUGAUACAUACUGUUAUGCCGUUGACUCAACCGUGCUGAGUUAAAAGUGAACUCAUACUUUUUACAAAUUUCACUAUGUCGGUUUUCUACAUUUGUACCACUGCAUGACUAAUCCUUUUCCAAUAUCACGUGAACCAAUUUUAGAUAUUACUGCACUUUUCACUGCAUAACUCAAAUAAAAUAAUUGAGUGAAAGAGCACCUGUAUAUAGCCUUCUCAUUUAAAUGUUUUCUAGAGUUAUGACAUGUCGCGUAUGUGAUAACGAUGCAUUUUUGGACUGUCAAUAUACAUUUUGUACAUUGUUUUGUGUAUAGAGCAUUGCGUAUAUGUGUGAAUUUGUGAAUACUAGUCUAGUGCUGUUGUCCUGUCCCUGAAUUAAACCGUGUUAGAGAUAAAGCAUCUCAGUGCCAACGUUUUGUCGAAAUGUUUCCAGCAUUCUGCACAGAAAGGUCACAAGGAGUUUUCAAGUAAAAAACUACUGCUUUGAAAUUCUGCUAAUAAGAAAUACUUCAUCUAAAAAGAAUAUUCAUUAAUUUUGUUUUUGUAAAUUUAACAUCCACUUGAACUCUUAAGGGGCGUUCAGACUGGGGUUUAUCUGAGCUAAAGGAGUCAGUUCCAUGUGUCGAGUAACUGCAGUUCAGAUUUUUCAACUAUAGGGUUUUCCCUAUGGGGAAAAACUCGUUUUGGAAAUGGGUCGAUUAUGUCAGAUGUCUCCGUUAGCUCAAAUAAACCCCAAAUAAACCCAGUCUGAACGGCCCUUAUAAUGGUAACUCAUCUUAACACAUGCCAAAAUCGGGUUACUAAAAUAAAUAUAUUUAUUGUACCUCAUUUUGGCUUCUUAAAAUAUGACAAUUCAAUUUGCAUUUUAGUUUAAAAAUUCGGGAACUUUGACGUAGACAAAUAUUAUUAUACUUUUAGGUUUUCAAUUCUAGUUCUUAAUACAUGCAAUAAACUUUCAAGUAUUAAGUAUAAGUAUUAAGUAUAAAUAAAAUUAUACAAUAGAAGUGCGCAGUAUACAGUUUUAGAAUGGUCUUAGCACAUUUUAAAAAUUACGAUAUAAACAUUAAAAUAGCAUUAAAAAUUACAUAAACUAUAUUUAAAUUGCCCUUUUUGUAUUAAUACUGUAUUAUUAUAAUUUAAAAACUAAAUUUUAGUUUUUAGACAACUUGGAAUAACAACUACUUGCGAGUGGCUGUUUCCUCAAGCGCGUGCAUACAGAGAAGGCACUUUAAUAUUAUAAGCAGUUUGCCAGACCAAUGCAUUAUUAAACGAAUGUAACGAAACGUAAUGUAGCAUAGCAUAGCGUUAUAUAACGCGAUGCGAAACGUAGGGGGGGGAGAAUAAGCUACAAAGAUUCUCAUAUCGAUAAAAAAUAUUUACUAGUCAUGUAAAAUUUAUUUGUAUUUACCAUCAAUAAAAUCUCAGAAAUCGUUACCGUUCUAAGGUUAAUUAAAUGAGAAGCUGCUUUCACUAAUAAAAUUCUGUCCAUAUGACGUAUUCAACGUAAAAAUAUUCUGUUCUUUUAAAGCAAAGGUUAUUUAUUAUCUCUUAAAGAAACAAUCAGAAAUGGACUCUGUUUUAAAUACAUUCCUUUAUUUUAAUUACCUAAAAGUGUCUGACACUUUUUGUGAUUUUGUCAUGUUGAUGUUUUAUGUUGUUUUCUGGCUUUGACAACCCAUCUUUUUGCCUAGCCUAAGUAUAAAAAUAAGAAACAUAAUUUUCUGCAUGGUGAAAUGGAAUUUUGGAUGUUUAAAAUAUCUUUUAUGUUUUCUUUCUUCAUUGAAAUUAAUAUAACAAAAAAUAUUAAUUGUUCAGGUGAAGAAAAAUACUGUUGUUUAAGAACAGAUUUUGAAUUUUAGACGUGAGCAUUUCUAAGAAAAUUUACGGAAUUUUGCAUGUUUGAAAUACCUUUUAUGUGUUUGUUUUUCUUUGAAGAUAACUGAACAAGAAAAUCUUCUUAAUUGUUCAGGUGAAUAAAAGUAUGAUUGUUUUCAAAAUCAUGUUUUGAAUUUUAGGCACGCGCAUUUCUAGGAAAAUUUAUAAAACUUUAGCUAUGACUAUAUUUUUAGUUUUAUUCAACAAUAAAUUUUUACAAGUAUAGCUGACUUGAAAAUAUUAUACUCUCGAAAAGUAGAAUGCAUUUUUUAGCUUAACUUUCGAGUAAGAUUCAUUUUAGGACAUAAUAGUAAAUAAAUUUUCUUUUGAAUGAUUAAUUCGACUGAAUUCUGAAAGUUGAUUAAGUAAGAAGACAGAUGCUAUAUUUGAAUUCUUUAAUUAACUAUUAUUAUAUCUCUUUUCUUAGAAAAGCCAGGUAAUAUGUUUUCAAAGUUUUUGCCUACAGAUAUACUAUCCAAAUAUUUUGUUCUUUUAAUAAUUUUUGCAAUAUAUUUAACCUUUGUUAAAUGUUAAAUUCCACAGUCAAUGGAAACUGUCAUAAUAAUAAUAAUGUUCAGCUUUAAUAAUCUGUCACAUUCCUUUGAAUUUUUUUAAGUACUUCAGUAACGUAUUUCAGAAAAAUUAGAAAUUACAGCAUCUUUUUAAUAUUAUGCAAUAUAACCAGUAUAUUGAAUAAAAUUAGUAAACAAGUAAUAAUAUCGAAAAAAAGCACGUAUAAAAAAGCUAUUUGAAUAAUCCCUAAUCUUGAAUACAUUAUCAUUUACAUGUAUUCAGGUAUUUGCUUUUAAAACGUAACAUGCAUGUAACAUUUAAUUAUGUUUAGACAUGUAACAUGUUUAAAAUGUAGCAUAUAUAUAUUUUCAAAGCAUACUAAUAGUGGGAAUUAUAUAUCAUUAUUGCUUUGAUAAUUUUAUUCGAAAAUACUGGAAUAAGCUGAAGAAUAAAAGUGAUAUUUUGAGUGUCUAAUUGGUUUGGAUAAUGUAAGAAACCUUAAUAAUUUUGACAAGUGUAGAACAAAUUUUUCCUAAUUAGUUUUCAAAAUUAUAUUUUAGUCUAUUUAUUAUUUAUUUGUUGUUUCAGUGAAUAUAAACUUCUAAAAUUGAUCAUUAUAUAAAAGUUUUGUACAAUGUGAAUCAAUUAUAUGUAUCUCUAAAUUUGUAAAUUAUUAAUAGAAUUUAUUAUGAAUAACAUAAAACUUUGUAAUUAUUUUGAAUUUUUUGUGAAUAACAUAACAAACUUUGUAAAAUGAAUAACAUUAUAUAUAAAAAGAACCGUGUUAUUAUUGUGUUAUUGCUUGCAAUUUGUUUAAUACUGCAUGAGGUUUUACUAUGGAUUAUUGUAAAAUAUUUUCAUUUAAAUCAAAUCAUUUUAUUCAAAAGUUUACUAGUAUUUCUCACAAAAUAUUGGAAUGCAGCAUACAUACUAUAUAAAAUAAAAUGCGAGCAAUUUCUCAAAUUUUCGGAAGAAAUACUACGUGUAGUGUUUCACAAAACUGAUUCAAUUGAUUCACGUAGAAAAUUAUCUGAAUUUAAAAGUCAUUUUUAUGAGACAGUAUUUAUACAAAUUAUAAGCUUAUUUUGGCAAUUUAUGUGUUAAAAAUGGUUCAGGAAGGCCAUACAAAAACAAUCUUAAAAUUAACAUAUGAUCUUAAAAUAUAUAACAUAUGAUUAUUUAAAACGCUAUUAAAAGUACGAAGUCGUUAAACCGUAAAUUUAAUUUAAUUGCUUUAAAAUUAAUACUUAAUUUUGGGUUACCAAACAGAUGAUUAAUUUAAUACAGUUUUUCAGAAUACUGUAGUCAGAAUGCUUCCAAAUGUAGCAGGCCCCUUAUACGACUCAGGUUUGAAGUUUCAUAAGAACACGUCAUUAGUUCGUGUUUUAAUUAUUGCUCUGACAAUCUCUAUCAUUAUUAGAAUCAUUAUUCUUUUAAUAAUUUGAAUUAGUAAACAUUUUGAAUAAUAUUUGUUGCUGUUGCAUAAGGGUAAACAAAUAACCUCCUUCGGAGUAUAAAUUUCUGCAACUCUUUCAUUCCAUGGAUUAAGAAAUAACAUUUAUUUACAUGAUGACUAUUAUGUAUUCAGGUGAAUUUUUAAAUCACAAAUUUCCCGGUAUCUUAAAUCGUUUAAUUUCCACCAAUGGUUUAAACAAAAGCAUUUUCCAUUCUUUCAGUAACUAAACAUUCAUAAUAUAUAAAAAUAGGAAAAAAAAAUUAGACAAAUUAAUAUGAGGAUAGAAAAAAAUAUUGCCGUUUUUAAUUUUUGAUCACGUUUUUAUGCACUUAAAAUUAAAAUUAAAUACACUUAAAAUUUAAAUCCCAAAUUCAAACAGAAAAUAAUGAAACUACAAAAAAAGGGUAAAAAACUAAUUUAAGGUAAAGGUUCAAAAAGAAUCAUUGAAAAAUUGUGUAAUUUUUUUAUAAUGACCUUCUAGAGUUAUUUCCUCAAAACUGACCAGUUUCUUGAAGUAUAAUAACUAAACUGUAAGACUGCGAUUAAAUUAAUGUUGUAUAAUAGCAAAUUUUAUUUUUCUAACAGUAAAUGUGCAUCAUCAUCUAAAAUUAUGCAUCAAAAGUCAGAUGCAAAACUAAAAAGCACUAUUACACUAUAUGAUUUAUGAUAAUCGCAAAACUAGUUCUUCUAAAAUAAUUUAUCGCCUUUUACAAAAAUUUAAAGGUAACUUAAAUAUUGGCUUAAUUCAACUAGAAACAUUUUUUAAAUUCCAAAAAAUAGCACAAAAGCCAUUUAAACUCACAGCUCGCAAACCAUUUGUGACGUAUUUAUUAAUACAUUUUUCUGGUUUCCAAAGUAUAUUUUAUGAAUUGAAGUAGUCAUUAAAUGAUUAAAAAAUAAACUAAAUAAAAUUCACACGUUCAGCUCGAGUUAAGGCGCCUAAAAUCUAUCCAUUUGUUGGUUUUACUUUUUAAAUUACAAAUGACAUUUGUAAAAUUAGAUUCUUUAGUUUUUAGUAAGAAAUUAUUCAUAUGGAACUCUAAAAAAUCUAUAAUUUUACCUUUGGAAGUUGUUCACAUGCAUUUUAAAAAUAAAGACAAAAGAAAACUGAUAACAUAAAUAAGCCAUUAAAGUGUCUUAUUUUUAUUCAUAUGUAUGUAUUCAAUGUAUUGAGAAACACAGCUUUAACACAAGUAAGCACAUUUUAUCUUGGCAUUUUCGAUUAUUAUGAAUUCAGUAUUGAGCAUUUGAACAAUGUGUACAUAUAUUUUCACACUGCAAAAUUUAAACGUUUGUUUUUCUUGACAAAGUAUGAGAUAUUUUAUGGAAUUUUUGGCAAACUGACAUUCAUUGAUAUUUCACUAGACUCUGUAAAUGUUUGUAAUAAAGAUAUCAUGCAAAGAAA